CUUCUCGCAUCCUUAUUCCCCCUUCACUGGUGUUGGGGGCCAGAUUCCCCUCCAAGCCACGCAACCCCCCGUUGGGAAUUGCCAUGCAGAACCCAAAAAAACGCGAACGACAGCUGGGUGCCAAGAGAAACGUGGUAAGCGGAUCCGAGCCUCUGAGCCUCCAGGUUCUUGCUGCAGAGCUAAGGCUGCCUGCUUGUCGGUCGUGAAACUCGCUCGUGCGUGGGGCAGUCCGCGGCGGUCACUCCAGGCAGACACAGCAACAAACACCACCACAACAAAACAACCCCAGUUAAACAAAUAUCACUCUCCCCAGUGAGUAGGUAGGCACUGGUUUAGUGCGGGAUGAACGGGUGAUUCUUUUUCGCUGUUUGCUUGCAUCUGCCAUCUCGAAACCCUGGAAACAUGGCGAGAUCUUGCACGAUCGAGGUCGAAAACCACUUCGGGCCCAUCGUCGGAGAUGCCUGUUAUGGGGGGUUGGACUUCACCUUGUACUUUGAGGAAGCCUUUCUGUCCAUCUUCCCCGCUGCGACGGUGAUCUUAGCGGCGGGCGUGAGGAGUCUCGUGGUUCGUAGAUACAGCGUCAAAGUCCGGGGAGGCUGGUUGUACCCCCUGAAACUGCUGUGCCUCGCGCUCUACUCUAUCUCGCAGCUGCUGCUCUUCGCAUUCUGGGUCAAGUCGGGCACGCCGAAGACCGACCUCACCAUCGCAGCGACCUUCCUCCGCUUCCUGGCCACGCUCUUGUGUGGCUAUCUGUCGCUCUUGGAGCAUUAUCGAUCGGUCCGGCCCUCCAAGGUCCUGAAUCUCUACUUGCUGCUCUCGCUACUCUUCGAUAUCCCUCAGGCUCGCACGAUAUGGAUUGUCCAGGGGCUGCACACGGUCGCCGGCAUCUUCACCGCCGGCAUGGCUGUCAAGGUCUUGCUGUUGGUUCUCGAGGCAUGGGAAAAGCAGCGCCUCGCCAAACCCAUGUAUGCCAGCCCAGCGCCCGAGGACUGGACCGGCGUGAUCAACCGCAGUCUCUUCUGGUGGUUCAAUCCGUUGUUGUUCCGCGGAGCGCGCAAUGCGCUGUCAAUGGGGGAUUUAUUCCACCUCGAGGACUGUAUGAUCCCCAAUCCAGAGGGAAAGCACCGACUAGCUGAGCUCUGGGAGAAUUGUGAAAAUAAAGAGAAGUCUGGGGCCAUGAUCGGUCCUAUCGCCAAAGCCUUCAAAUGGGAUCUACUAGCCGGAAUCAUCCCCCGUCUAGCUCAAACCGGAUUCACCUUCGCGCAACCGUUUCUGGUCCAGACUGCCCUGAAGCUCUUCACCUACAACGACCUGCCCAAUGCCAAAAGCAAGGGCAUCUUCCUGCUGGGGGCUUACGCGCUUGUUUACGCCGGCAUUGCUGUCUCCACCGCCACCGCGCAGCACAAGACCUACCGCUUGAUUACCAUGAUGCGGGGAGCGUUGGUGGGAAUGAUCUUCGAUAAGAGCACGACCAUCAACGCCCACAUGAACGAUGACUCGGCUGCCCUCACGCUGAUGAGUACCGACAUCGAACGGAUCACCAGUUGUGGACGCUAUUUGCAUGAUACGUGGGCGAGUCUGAUUGAGAUUGCUAUUUCCUUGUACUUGUUGUAUAACCAGCUCAGUACGGCGGGGGUGGCGCCGAUCAUUAUUGCUUUCGCGUGCACUGUGGUGGCCAUGAAAAUCGCCAUGGUGGCCGGCGAGCGGCAGAACAUGUGGAUUGAAGCAAUCCAGAAGCGAGUGGCGGUCACGGCAGAGAUGCUCGGCUCGAUGAAGGGAGUCAAGAUCUCGGGGCUGAAAGACCUUCUACAUAACAAAAUCCAAGGACUGCGUGAGGACGAGAUUCUUGCCUCGCUGAAGUUUCGCACGCUUUUGAUUUUUGUUGUUGGGCUCUCCAACUUCAACACCCUGAUCACGCCGGUGGUGACUUUCACUAUCUAUGCGAUGGGCUCGCGCGAUGGAAAGGCGGGCUAUCUGGACAGCGAACGAGCGCUGACCUCCCUAACCCUGUUCAACCUCUUCUCCGUGUUUGUCGGCGCGCUGGUGGAGUCGAUCAGCGACACGGCCAUGGCACUCGAGUGCGUCGACCGGAUCCGGGAUUACUUGGCGAAAGAUCCACAUGAGGAUCUGCGAGAGGUCGUCCGAUCGCAGGACCUGUGGGAUGAGAAAACCCCCUGCAUCGAGGCAAUUAAUGUCGACGUUGGAUGGAAGGGAGGCGAAGCCCCUGUUCUGCACGGCCUGUUUUACCGAAUCGAACGCUCCUCCUUGACAAUGAUCGUGGGCGCCGUUGGCUGCGGAAAGACCACUCUGGUCAAGGCGAUGCUCGGCGAGGUGAACUGCAUGACGGGAAAGAUGAGAGUCAGCUGCGACCGGAUGGCGUACUGUGGACAGGAGGCGUGGAUGACCAACGGCACGGUGCAAGAGAAUAUCCUCGCGGGGUCAGCGUACGACCCGCGGUGGUAUUCAACAGUCAUUGCGGCUUGUGGCCUUGAGAAGGAUUUCACAGAGCUGGGCAACGGCGAUCAAACUGCGGUCGGCAGUAAGGGUGUUUCACUGAGCGGUGGACAAAAGCAAAGAUUGGCACUCGCUCGGGCUCUCUACUCAGGAGUCGAAACAAUCCUCAUGGAUGACGCGCUCAGCGGGCUCGAUCCUGUCACCGACGAACACAUCUUCACUCAGGUCCUAGGCCCGCGCGGACUGGCCAAGAAGCAGGGCUUGACCAUCAUCAUGGUCACGCAUGCCGUCCACCGACUUCCCUACGCCGACCACAUCAUCGCCCUCGAAGCGGACGGCACGAUUCUCGUCCAAGGCACGUUCGACGAUUGCUGCAAGAGACUCGACUCCAUCCAGGGUUUCGCCAUCGCCAAGCCCCCUGCCAUCCAGAUGAAAAGUGAGAUGCCCAAGGCCGUAGAGAAAGCCAGCGCCCCCUACUCCAACGAGGCGAUCUCGGACGCGCGCAAGACCAGCGACUUUCAGACGUACGUCUACUAUCUCACAACGGUGCCGUGGUAUAACUGGCUGGUGUACUUCGGCGUCAUGGCGGUGUUUGUGUUCUUCCAGGCCUUCCCGUCCGUCUGGGUGACCUGGUGGGCCCGCGAUAACGAGGAGCAGCCCAACAAGAACCUGAGCAUGCGCAUCGGCGUGUACUGGCUAUUCGGCGUACUCGGCACCUGCUUCCUCCUGGCCACGGCAUGGUUUUACAUGCUCAAGAUCGUCGCCCAAACGGCCUCGGUCAUCCAUUCGCGGCUGCUGCGGACGGUACUCAACGCUCCGAUGGCGUUCUUCGCCUCAACCGACUCGGGCAUCACCAUCAACCGAUUCAGUCAGGACCUGGAGCUCAUCGACAUGGAACUGCCCUUGGCCGUGCUCCAGACGUGCCUGGCGCUCUUUCUGUGCGUGGCGCAGCUGAUCAUCAUCGCGGUCUCCGCCAAGUAUAUCACGGCCACCAUCCCGCUCUGCAUCUUCGUUUACUGCAUCAUCGGCACCUUCUACAUCCGCACCUCGCGCCAGCUGCGUAUCAUGGACAUCGAAGCCAAAUCCCCGCUCUUCUCCAAUUUCAUGGAGCUGCUCAACGGACUCGUGACCAUCCGCGCCUUCAACUGGGAGGAGCAGUACAAGGUCCGCAAUCGAGCCCUGCUGGCCGAGUCCCAGCGCCCGUUCUACCUCCUGUAUACUGUCCAGCGCUGGCUGAGCCUCGUGCUGGACAUGACUGUGACGGGCUUUGUGAUCGUGCUCAUGGGUAUCGCCGUGGGGACGAUGCAGAGUACAGACGCGAGCUUUCUCGGUCUGGCGUUGGUGAAUGUCGUUUCGCUGAGUGCCAGUGUCAAGGCACUGAUCACGGAUUGGACGGUGCUGGAGACGAGUCUGGGAGCUGUGACAAGAGUGAAGCAUUUUGCGGAGACGACCGAGUCGGAGGAUAUGGCUGAGGAGAGGGAUCUGCCACCGGACGAUUGGACCAGCGGGGGCACGAUUGAAUAUAGAAAUGUCUCGGCUUUCUAUCGGGACCCGUCUGCGCCAGUAUUGAAGAAUGUCUCUUUCCGCGUCCGGAAAGGAGAGAAGAUUGCCAUUUGUGGGCGGAGUGGCAGCGGCAAGAGUACCCUCGUCUCCGCGCUGUUCCGCAUGAUUGAACUUUGCGACGGCUCCAUUGCAGUGGACGGGAUAAACAUCUCGACGCUGCCCCGGCAAGAAAUCCGCUCUGCCAUCAUCGGUCUUCCGCAGGAUCCCCUGCUUUUGGAGGGCAGCACCGUCCGCGAGAAUGUUGAUCCCUUUGACUACUCCCCCGACGAGGCAGUGAUCAACACCCUCAAGCGCGUCGGCCUCUGGGAGAUCAUCGAAGGUAAAGGCGGGCUCGACACCGUGGCCAGCGGCGAACUCUUCUCGCACGGCCAGCGGCAAUUGCUGUGCAUGGCCAAGGCCAUGCUCCGCCACGGAAAUAUCAUUGUCUUCGACGAGGCGACGAGCGGAGUCGAUCCGGAUACUGACGAAAUGAUGCAAGAGCUCAUCCGCUCGUGCUUUGCCGACUACACUGUCCUCACCGUGACCCACCGUCUAGACACAAUCAUCGACUACGACCGCGUGCUCGUCAUGGACCAUGGUGUCUUGCUGGAAAGCGACCACCCACGAGAUCUCCUCGCCCGCCCCUCGAUCUUCCGUGAACUGUACAAAUCUUCCCGCGGAUGGGAAGAAUACGAACGUCAGGAACGGGCAGAAGCUGAAGCCCGCGAGCGCGAGCGGCUGGAGAAGGAGAAGGAGAAGGAGAAGGAGAAGGAGCAGCAACCGAGAGGUCGCCCCAAACGCUUUUCCUACGUCGACACGGAUGUGGUCAGUGAGAAAGAAGAGCCCGAGACGUUCAACGCGAUCCGUGACCACUGGAACGCGGUCAACCAGUUGUUUGAGAAUAUCAUUCCUCGAGCUGUGCCGCGCAAUCGCAGCCGGAGUCGCGACAGUGGAGAUCGUGAGAUGAAGCGUCACAGCAAUCCGGAGCCAUCAACAACAACCCCGGGCGGAGCGGUGAGUGGCAGAGAUCGCAGGAGUUUGACCGGUUUGGCGGCGAGAGGUCGCUUCUAUGGCGAUGGUCACAUUUGAUUUCUUUGAUUUGUUGGAUUUGAUAUAGAAUUUCGCUUCUUGGAGAGCUAGAUUGUAAUGGUUGAGGUUGUUUUUCUUUUCUUUUCUUUCUGUAUUCAUUCCUUCUUGAGAAUGCGAGAAUUCAUUCGGUGCGUCACCUGAUCAGGCGGUCGAGGCUGGCAGAAUACCCGUCCAUUUUACAUACACAUUACAACAACAAUACAACAACAAUACAAC